GUCCCCAACGGAAAGGAAAGCUUCAGGACAAGGUGGUUCCACCUUCUCAUCCCGAGUAUGAACGCAUGAUCCAUACCUGCCGUCGCUUUUUCCCAAUGAUCGUAUAGAGAUUGUAAUACCCUGGCUUGCUUCUUUUUUUGUGUCUUUAUUUUUAUACCAAUAUCGCCCGAGGUACAUAGUCUAGGCAAGAAGAUAAUGCCCGCAUAACAAUCUGCGCCAUGCAGUCUCCUUGGCUCAACCCCCUGAGUCGAUUUGCGACCCAGAACGCAGGUCGCUGGACCUGCUCGAGCUGCCGCAGCCACAUCGUCACCCGCGCCAGCAAGAACCCGCCAAAGCCCUUACAUCGACAGUUCGGUACCUCAUCUGGCCGUCAGUCGAGACAGACACCUUCAACCCCGAAGUCGAGAAGGAUAGUCCUGACCGCUGCUGCUACUGCCGGCACGGGAGCUGGCAUACUCGCCUUCACCGACGACAUCAAGUUUGGCUAUGAGGCCACGGAACGGGCCGGCCGAGUCGCCUCCGCUCUGUACAUUAACAUCAGCGAAUAUCGUACUACUCUGAAAAAGCGCGAGAAGAUCCAAGAUGCCGAGGAGUCAGACUCAAUCCUGCGAAAGUGCCACAAACGAUGUGCCGUGAGGACACUGAAGGUCCUCGAGAAGAAUGGUGGCAUAUACAUCAAGCUGGGCCAGCAUCUGAGCGCCAUGUCCUACCUUCUGCCGGAGGAAUGGACCGAGACUUUUAUUCCGCUACAGGACAAGUGCCCCGUAUCCUCCUUCGAGUCGAUCGAGCAAAUGUACCGAGAUGACACGGGCGAGGAGCUGAGGGAUUACUUCUCCGAGUUUUCGGAGAAGCCCAUAGGCGCCGCUUCUUUGGCCCAAGUACACACCGCAACCAUCAAGGAGAACGGGCAGCAGGUGGCAGUCAAGGUACAACAUCCCAGCCUUGCGCAAUGGGCGCCGCUGGAUAUCGCCCUCACCAAGUUCACCUUCUCUACACUCAAGAAAUGGUUUCCCGAAUACGAUCUCGAAUGGCUAUCCUUGGAAAUGGAGGAGUCGCUGCCACAAGAGCUCGACUUUCAAUGUGAAGCAGCCAACGCCAUCCGCCUCAAGCAGCAUUUCGCCCAGAUCCCUGAGCUACCACUGGUUGUCCCCGAUGUCAUCUGGGCCAAAAAGCGCGUCCUGGUUAUGGCUAAUGAAGCUGGCCACCGUCUCGACGACCUGGAAUAUCUGGAUAGUAACAACAUCGACCGCGAUGAAGUUUCUGCAACCCUCGCAAAGGUUUUCAACGAGAUGAUUUUCGGCAGGAAUGCCCCUCUCCAUUGCGAUCCCCACGGCGGAAAUUUGGCAAUUCGGAAGAGACAGACUAGGAGACCUGGAGCUUCCAACUUUGAGAUCAUCAUUUACGAUCACGGAUUGUACCGCGACAUUCCGGUGAAUCUCCAAAGAAGUUAUGCCAAGAUGUGGCUUGCGAUCAUUGAUGGCGACAUUGAAGGCAUGAAGAAGUACUCGCACGAAGUGGCAGGCAUCACGGAACAACAGUUCCCACUGUUCGCUUCAGCCAUUACCGGUCGUGAUUACAGUGUUGUCAGCUCUUCGAUCAUGAAGACCAAAUCUGACGAUGAAAAGAAGACAAUGGGCGACGCGCUACAGGAGGGUUUGUUAUCAGACUUGGUACAACUGCUGGGACAAGUUCCACGAAUCAUCCUUCUGAUCUUGAAGACAAACGAUCUGACGAGGAGCUUGGACGAAAACUUGCACACGCGACAAGGACCGAUGCGAAGCUUCAUGAUUCUCGCGAGAUAUUGCGCACGUACGGUUUUCCGGGAACAGGUCGAUGACAUCAAGAAGCGCGAGGGCGGCCUCUGGUGGCCAGGUAACGCGCUGAGGCUGGCCGCAGCCUAUAUUGGCUACUUGAGAGUGGAGCUCAAAUUGGAGGCCUUUGAGUGGUAUUUGACCGUGAAGAGAGUACUCGGUCUCAAUACUGAGAUGACCGGUGGUCCAUUGGCUUAAGUGUCAUAGAGGCGUUCCAAAACAAACGACAGAUAGCCGGGUUUGCCUUGCCUAUUAUGACAAGCAGUUGUGUGUGGAUACUAGUUCGUGAUACCUAUAGAAGAUAGAUACUGGGUUUGUGUUGAAUACGGCGCAUGGUGUUUGGUGGUAAAUGAAAAUAAUUCAAUC